AUGCCUGCUGAUUACAAUGGGACUUGGGAAAUGGAAUCCAAUGAGAACUUUGAAGGCUACAUGGUUGCAUUAGACAUUGAUUUUGCAACUCGUAAGAUUGCAAAACACUUGAAACAAACAAAGGAGAUUAUUCAAGAUGGAGACAAUUUCAAAACAAAAACACUCAGUACCUUGAGAAACUAUGAACUGGACUUCACUGUGGGAGUGGAGUUUGAAGAACAUACCAAAGGACUCGAUAACAGGAUGGUUAAGACACUAGUGACCUGGGAUGGUGACAAACUGGUAUGUGUUCAGAAAGGUGAAAAGAAAAAUCGUGGCUGGAAGCACUGGAUUGAAGGAGACCAACUGCAUCUGGAACUGACGUGUGAAGACCAGGUGUGCCAUCAGAUAUUUAAGAAGAAAAAGUAACCGGAAAACCACUUAACCCUUCAUCACUCUAUUGUGCUGAUAUGUUUUGUCGAAAAAAAGAAACAAACCAGAUUUUGUAAUAACUCUGAAACAGCUAUGUGAAUGCAAUUUUGUGCAUGUUUAUGAAGAGAAACAUUUUGUAGAAAUAACAUUAGUUACACACAGUAUCAUUAUUUUCUUUUUUCUUUUCUUUUCUUGGAGUUAAAUAAAAGUAAUUGUCUUUCAAGUUGUGCUUUCCUAUAUCUUUACAAUCUAUUUAGUCUUUUCCAAAAAAACAUUCCUUAGCAACAAAGCUGAAAAUUAGCAGUCACCUCAACCACAGAAUGUUAUGUAUAUACAUACAUAACGUUACGAGAGAAUGUGAAAUGCGGUAGCUCCUUGAAGCAGUCAGAGAACUGGCACUCUGCUAAUAAUCCCAGUGCAGAAGCUGUUAGAAGCACACCACUCCAUUCAGGAAUUUCUCCAUGAAGUUAAAGCUAAGGCAUACUUAUGGCUAUCAGGAAAACUGAUGAGUUUACAUAGACUGCAUGUAUGCUGUGCAUGUGGAGUUUACACAGACUGUGUGUAUCCGUGCAUAAAGAGUACCCAGCAUACAGCAGUCUUCGCCUCGCACCUCACUUUUAGAGUUUAAAAAGAAUUUUAAAAGACUUUGAAAAGUAAUUUCCAUGCAAUUGUCUUCCAUUUUAUUUAGGGUUUUUCAAAAGACUUCAUCUUUUUGCUAUAGGCAAGUUUAAAUUUACCAGGGAUGGUGAGAGCUACUUCUCUAGGUGGAAACAAAUCAUUCAAGAGAACACGCAUGCAUGUUCCACUGAAGAAGGGUUUGUACGUACAAAAGCUCGUCUGCUUUUUCCAACUAUGAAUCAUUUGCAAAAGUCCAAAUCUGAUUAAUAUAUCACUAACACUGACAUGGGCAGGCGCACAGGCGUGUAAAUACCUAUGCAGUGCCAUUUUUAUGAAUUAGACUUUGCUCCUCCUGAUAAAAAUUUGAUACUUCUUGUAUGCUUUAACUGAGCAAUGCUCUAAUGAGAGUUCACAGUGCAGAAACUGCACUUGGAAUUGGUAAAUUCCUUCUUAUUGUUUUCUAUUCAGCCCUGA